AUGGACACCUUUUGCAGCCAGGUCUCUACUGUAUCUGUUGCCGAAGGCCUGGAACGAAAGUUUCCUACCGUUUUUAGUGGAAUAGGACUGUGUUCAAAAGCCUGCAUCAAGCUUCAACUGAAACCAGAUGCUCGGUCGGUUUUUCGUCCAAAAAGGCCGGUCGCUUACGCGAUGCUGGAGUCAGUCGACAAGGAACUAGACCGAUUGGAACGGAUGAACAUAAUUUCACCAGUAGAUUAUUCGGAGUGGGCAGUUCCUAUAGUGAUCGUUCGUAAGAGCAGUGGUGAUAUUCGUAUAUGCGGAGAUUACUCAACAGGGUUGAACGCUGCCCUUCUUCCUUACGAAUAUCCGCUUCCACUGCCGGAUGACAUAUUCGCUAAGAUGGCAAAUUGUAGGGUAUUUAGCAAGAUUGACCUGUCGGAUGCUUUUUUACAGGUGGAAAUUGAUCCUCAGUUUCGUUUGUUGCUCACCAUAAACACUCACAGAGGAUUAUACCAUUACAAUCGGUUGCCACCUGGUGUUAAGAUAGCACCUGCUGCCUUUCAACAGCUGAUAGAUACGAUGCUCGCUGGACUGCGUGGUUCAUCUGGCUACAUGGACGACGUAGUUGUAGGCGGGAAAACGGAGCAAGAACACGAAGAAAACCUUGAAAACCUGCUGCGUCGUAUUCAAGAGUAUGGAUUCACCGUUCGGGCAGAAAAGUGUGCUUUUCGGACGCAUUGCAUUGAAUAUUUGGGCUUCAUCAUCGAUCGAGAAGGUCUCCGUCCUAAUCCUGCCAAAAUAGCAGCUAUACCCCCUAGACAUUUCGAGUAG